GAUGGUUCAGUAUCUAAACAGAUUCCAGGAAACGCAUUCCUCAAAUUGAGCUAAUCGUUGAGAUCAGUAAUUAUUUCUGUCUUCACAUAAAGUAACGUAGUGAAGAGUUGGUGGCGAUUUAGAAAAUCGAUAUCUGGUCGGGAAAAAAACGAAAUUGAUCAUUUACAUAACUACCUACCUGAUUGUUACAGACAAAAAAGCGAUUUGCUCAAAAUCCGGAUUUCACUUCUUUUAAAUCGAAAUCCAUUGAACAGCAGUCGUAAGUAAUCCCAGUGGUAAACGAAAAUAUAGAUCAGCGUGGCACAAGUGAUCGGUGAUUUUGUUAAACAAAAAUGAAAAUCAAGACCGAACAGGUUAAACGGCACAAGAUGGUUAAAGAAACCGGCUUCUACGAUAUAUUAGGCGUAAAGCCUGGCUGCUCCCAGGAUGAUUUGAAAAAGGCCUACAGAAAAUUGGCCCUGAAAUACCAUCCGGACAAGAACCCGAAUGAGGGUGAAAAAUUCAAACAAAUUUCGAUGGCUUAUGAAGUGUUGUCUGAUCCGGAAAAGAAAGCCAUCUACGACGAAGGAGGUGAAUCAGCAAUCAAGAAAGGUGGUUCUGGAGGUGGUAGUGGUUUCCACAGUCCAAUGGACAUCUUUGAUAUGUUCUUUAAUGGCGGUUUCGGUGGACGUAGCAAACGAGAGCGUCGUGGCAAGGAUUUAGUUCAUCAACUGUCGGUCACACUGGAGGAGUUGUAUUCGGGUGCCACUCGUAAAUUAGCUUUACAAAAGAAUAUUAUCUGUGAUCAAUGCGAAGGUCGUGGCGGUAAAAAGGGCGCCAUUCAAAAGUGUUCUCCGUGCAGAGGAACCGGUGUUGUGACCAAGCUUCAGCAACUGGCCCCCGGAUUCGUACAGCAGUAUGAAGAAGGAUGUCGUAACUGUCGUGGAAUGGGUGAAAUUGUUGACGAAAAGGACAAAUGUAAAACAUGCAACGGACGAAAGACAGUUCGGGAUCGUAAGAUCCUUGAGGUAAACGUGGAAAAGGGCAUGCGUGACGGUCAAAAAAUAGUUUUCUCCGGUGAAGGUGACCAAGAUCCAGAUCUACAGCCCGGUGAUAUUGUGAUAGUCUUAGAUGAAAAGGAACACCCUGUUUUCAAAAGGUCCGGGCAGGAUCUUAUAAUGCACACACAGCUGCAAUUGGUUGAGUCACUCUGUGGAUUCCAAAAAGUUAUUCGGACAUUGGAUGAUCGAAAUUUAGCCAUCACAUCUUAUCCAGGAGAAAUAGUUAAACAUGCAGCGAUCAAAUAUAUUGCUGGUGAGGGCAUGCCACAGUAUAAGAACCCAUUCGAGAAGGGACGACUUGUCAUUCAAUUCUUCGUUGUUUUCCCGGAAUCGCUGCCGAUCGAAUUGCUCCCCGGUCUUGAGCAGUGCUUACCUGGGCGGCCGGUAGUGAAAGUUCCAGCUGAUGCUGAGGAAUGUAAUAUGAUUGAGCUGGACCCCGAGCAAGACCGCCGAGGCAGUGGUUAUAAGAAUGCAUAUGACGAGGACGAAGACCAUCACGGUCCAGGAGUACGAGUGCAACAGUGUACUAGUAGUUAAACAUCUACGUUCGUUAACUAAGAUAAAACUAUUGCCGCCGCGUAGGGAAAUAGAACGGAAGGGAAGGAAUGGUUGUUUAAUGUCAGUAUGUGCGCAUUAGAUGCUAAAUUAGACACUUAGUUUGUUUUUCUUUACCAAAUCGCUGUCUAAGAUAAAGAGAUAUCCAACACAUGCAGCAAUAACGAUACCCGCUAUUUAAAUCGAUUAGUAAUCAGGACAAAAAUCAGAAAAAACCACACCAGUUUUCAGAAUUUUGAUUGAUUUAAACGAUUGCAGAAUACAUAAAAAAAAUUACUGCAAAAUAUCAUGACUUUCAUUCCAGAAUUCCAUUACACAUCCUCCGUGCAAACUUGAUUGUUCAAUAAAAAAAAAGUAAUUUUCCCCGCCUUAUGCAGACAUCAUUGUUUUAACUUUUUUUUGCAUCAACGAAUUCCCAUGAUUGCACGCACCUACUUACGUAUAUUUGAGAUUGAGCUGCAAUCUGGAAACAACACUUAAAACUGUGCACUAUGAUAAAAUGGUUUGAUUGUAAUGAUUGGGGCUUAUAUGCGAAAUGAACAUUUGUUGAGGAGUUGAGCGAUACGUCUUGGGCUACUACUAGUUAAAGGAAUAUAUAAUGGACAAUGCAGCAUUACGCAAAAGUAAAAUCUGUUUUGAACAUUCUCUCUGUUCGAAAAAAAAAUAAGAAAAAUAAACAGCAUAUUUUAUGAUUGUCAGUAAA